UUUCAGUGUUGUUUCAUGUUUUAUCACCUUGUUGACAUUAUUGCAGGUUAUGAAUCUAAUCCAUGAAAAUGCAACUCAUUUCUUUCCAAUCAAACACCCCAUGAGAUAUAUGCAUGAUUUGAAUGUGAAAAAUGCAAAAUCAGAAGAAAAGUUUUCCAAAAUGGAUUGUUCAAUGCUCCUUCUUGUGUCCAUGCAUUUAUUUGAUCAAGAAAUUAGAGAAAUUCAGUUUAUUAAUAUCAACUAACCAACAAAAGAUAAAAGCUGCAUCAACAGCUUCAACAGAUGAGAGAGAGAGGCUACCUUACACCGGGCCCACUAAAGACAGAUGUCAGAAGAUACCAAACAAGUUCACUAGCAAAUAUGGUGGUGGUGUGAAAAAUCCAGUGUAUCUGAAGCCUCCAGAUGGCACUCAAUGGAAAGUACAAUGGACUCAGCAUGAUGGUGACAUUUUAUUUGAAAAGGGUUGGAAAGAAUUUGCUGCAUAUUACUGUCUGGAUCAUGGUCACUUGUUGCGAUUUGAGUUCAAUGGAACUUCUUGUUUUGAGGUACACAUAUUUGACAUGAGUGGCCUUGAAAUACACUAUCCUUUCAAUAACCGGAUCGACGAUGAUUCAGUUGAGACUUUGAAUGAGCUACCACCAGAAUGUUGGGGCAGAGAGCGGAAAAGAUUGAAAACACCAUUAUCAUUAUCAUUGCCUUUUACAAGCAAGCAAUUGAGAAUUGCCACAGAAACUAGAGAUAUGGAAGGAGGUAGUCAACCUGAAGAGAAAAACAUUGAGAUGCCAAUAAUUCCAUCUGUCAUUCAUCGUUCGGAUGUUUUUGAGCCUGGGACCUGUGGUUUUCGAUGCCUGGAAGAAGCUCAGAAGUUCAACUCAGAAAAUCCCUCUUUCAUGAUCAAGCUAGGGAAAAGUAAUCUACAGAGAUCAAGGGCUAAUUUUAAAGCUUCCUUCUACAUAAAGCAUUUUGAAAACAAGGAGCAGAAUGUAGAGAUACGGUAUGAAGGCAAGUUGUGGCCUGCAAAGUUGCUCUGUUAUCCCGCAGCAGCAGCUGCCUAUAUCUCGAAUGGUUGGCGGCCUUUUAGUCUUGAGAAUGAUUUAAAAGUUGGAGAUGUUUGUGUCUUUGAGCUCAUUAAUGGAGAAAACCCAGUGCUUGAUGCUCAUAUUUAUAGAGCCAAUGGUUAAACAAUCCAUUAGAACUUCAGGAGCUCUUAAACCAAGUAAUUUAGUAAAUAUGUAGCACUUAUUUUGUAAAAUUGAAAUUCUACUAUGGACAAUCUCUCUUGUAAAUAUCGUCUCUUGUUUUAUCAUCUUAGUGAAGAUGUAGCUCUUAUUUUUCCCCAGACCAAAUACACCUUGAGAAAUAUGCAUAUUCUCAUACACAGUUUUUAAUAGUCUUAUAAAAGCUGCAAUGUAGCAUGUGUAUGAUUUAGUAGUUGUCUUGCUAGUUUCCUCUUAAUUUUUUUUCUCUCAU